AUGCUGCGGCGACGGCAAGCCAGAACAAAAUUGCUGGAGGAGGUGCUCAUCGUGGCCGGCCUCCUGCUGGUGCAGUGCGUGCUCUCCGGCUACGUCGUCUUCACCGACCACCUGCUCGCCCUGGGCGCCGACCCGCUGGCCGUCAUCGUCGUCGGCGGAGCCGCCUACGCCGCCUUCUGCCUCCCCUUCGCCGUCGCCCUCGAGAGGAAGCGAUGGCCUUGCAAGGUUUCGGGGACUUUGGUGGCGCAAUACCUGCUCAUUGCUCUCGGAGGGACAACCGCGUUCCAAGAGCUGAUGCUGCUGGGGAUCAAGAAGACGACGCCGGCGAUUGCUUCCGCCAUGCCCAACCUCAGCCCCGGCCUCAUCUUCAUCGUCGCAGCUUGUUUCAGGCUGGAGAGGUUCGACAGGGCGUGCAAGUACACGCAGGCGAAGAUAGCGGGGACGGUGGUGUGCCUGGCGGGAGCGGUGGCCAUGAGCUUCCUGCAGAGCCCCUCCUCCUCCUCCUCCUCCUCCUCCUCCUCCUCGUCUUCUCUGGCAGCAGCAGCAGCAGCAGCAACAGCAGCAGGCAGUGACGACGACUACUACGACUGGAUCCUGGGCUGCUCCUGCCUGAUCGCGGGUGUCACCGUCUUCGCGCUCGUCACCGUCCUGCAGGCCGCGACGCUGGCCAGUCUCCCGGCGCCGCUGACCAUGUGUUGCGCCACCUCCGCGAUGGGCGCCGCGCUCACCGCCGUCCUGCGGCUCGUCCUGGAGGGGAAGUUCCUCGAUAUGGGGUCGCCUAACAUCGACGCCACGCUCGUCGCCGGGAUCGUCGUCCUCGGCGGCGGGGUGGUGGGUGCGUGCACGGCGUUCCAGGUGUGGUGCCUCGGCAGGAAGGGCCCCCUGUUCGUCUCCGUCUUCGGGCCCGUCCAGACCGUCUGCACCGCCAUCCUCUCUGCUGCUCUCCUCCAACAAGUCCUCGGCCUCGGAAGCCUCGCAGGGAUCGUGCUGAUGUUCAGCGGGCUCUACAUUGUCCUAUGGGCCAAGAGCAACGAGAUUUCGGCUGACGAGGAUCAGUUGCAAGGUGGCGGCGCUCACGACGCCGAGAAGGCCCUGCUAGCCUAG